AUGAAUCUCCUGACAUACCUCCACGCGCUGCUCGCCCUUCCCAUCCUAGCGACAGCUCUUCCAGCACCAGCAACCGAAUAUACCUACACCACGGUAGUCAAAGACGCAACGAUCGUCCGCUCCGGCAACUGCACGGACUGCCCAUCCGGCGAGUGCAACCAAUGCACACUAGGCCUCAAAGACACCCUCAUGGCCAGCGCCACCGGGGAAGACGAAAGCCAGAUCCUGGUAGGCCUCGAGCAACCGAUGCCAGGCUUCUCCGUGAAAUCCUGCUCGAUCCUCUUCCCAGGCUUCGGGGACCUACUCCCCAACGAGUUCAAGGUCACCUUCGCCCUGGCGCUCUCGUCGGACUGGGACGAGGCGACUGUCAAUGGUGACAAUGCGCCUCCUUCCGCGCCCGCCUUCAAGACGGUGACGGUGCCGCCUCUCACUAGGAGCAUGGACUACGUCGAUAUCACGCCCGCGUGCAGGAGUGCUGGUAUAGACGGUCGGUUUUCGCUCUAUCUCACUGCUCUGUCUGAGCAUGCUGAGAUCUGGGGUAAGGACUCUGGGAACGCUGCUAUGUUGAAGAUUGUUCCGUUGUGA